GGAAGAUCUUGGCCCGAUGUAAUGGAGCUCGUAGGAAAUUUACCUGCUCCUGCUCAUAACGUGCAGAGCGGGUGUUGUACCCUAUCACUGAAUCAGCCAGUCAAGGCAGCCUGUCACUGCUGAUGGCGACCAUGACUGAUCAGUGGAUCCAGGUAACCAACGGCAGACCUCGUUGCAGAAAUAACCGUGCAAGCAUUAAUUUUGUUGUUGUUGUUGGCGCUCUUUCGUUGUCCGGGCCUUCGUUCCUCUUGCAAUCUGAACUGUUGGUUUCGUGCUUCACCGCACUUGGCGGUUGGACAUGAAGAGGUGCUGAGGUCGCACGAAGCUCUACGCUGCUCGUUGAUGGGCGGAGUUCGGGGCAGCAGAGAACGACGCGCUAUCUGCAUGAUUGUUCGCUAGCGACGGCUUCGCUGGUGGAGAAUACAGAACUACAAAAUUGUAGGGGAGGCGAGCAACGAUUGAAGAAUGAGUUCGCCACAAUCCGACUCCUCUGGUAUGCUCCUGGAGCACCUGUUCGGGAGUCUGGAAACAGUGUCACCAAACAUCAAGCUACUGGCUGUGGCUGCUAAAAACUAUCAUCGCUCGUUGACUGCCGUGACAACCGAUGCAUCGAAGUUCUUCGGACAACUGUACCUGAUUGGUCAGAAUGCCAGCGAGCUGCGGAGUGCGUCCUCACAGAUCGGUACGGCAUUGAAGGAAGUGAGCGAGGCGUAUCGGCAAGUUGAGCUGCACAGACUUGAUAAGUUGAAGUCGCUGAUGAAUGACAUCAUUCUACCGUUGGAGUCACUCAGAGAUAGUGAGCGCAAAGCAUUGCCGCUUUUGCAGAGGAACUACAAGGAGGAUAGGGACAUGCAGAUUGGGUUUGUUGAGAAGGCGGAGAAUGAACUUAUUCGUCAUCGCAAGAAGCAACGCAAACAGCCACAGAGUGACUUUGAUACGCGUGAAGACCAGUUGCAGUCCAACGUACAGGAAGGUAUCAAUGAACUCAACCAAGUCAAGCAAAGCUUCUUACGCAAGCUUCUUCUACACGAACGUCGAGUAUACUGUGCACUACUGGACUCGUUCUGCGGCUUUGUCAGAUCUGAUAUCAUGUACCAUACCAAUGCACCAAGUGUCCUGGGACAUCGCAUGUCUGAGUGGGGUCUACUUACCAAUGAUGUCAAAGUGCUGCCGAAAGAAACCGAGCGGCUGAUCAGUGACCCAUCCGUGGUGAACAUUCCGAAGUGGCUGGCCUCUGCACCUUACCCAGCCACAGUCAGUGCUAAGGAGGAUGUCGGUCACGAUGCAGAGGAUGAGAUGCAGAUGCUAGCCGGUCUGGGAGAGUCCGACGGAGAGUGGUCUCCGCAGCUGUCACGUGUUCCCAGCCAGAGUCGGCAUCGUCUCAAGCAGACCGCUAGUGAUGAUGUUGCCACUGUAGUUAUGAGCAGUGCUGGAGGUGUGCACUCCAGUGCUGGUUCCGGUGGUGGUGUGCCCGCUAUUCAUCCCUACGAUGGAAGCAGUCCGGAGUUUGAACCGACGAGCAGAAGCAGUCGACCACAGCUGCGUCACUCGGAGUCCUUCAAGCGCCCAUUACCGCCCACGCCUCUGACGCAAGAAGAUUUGUUUGACCAAGGACCCAACCAACAACAGCAGCAACAGCAGCAACAACAGCAACAACAACAACCGCAGCGGCAGCAACAGAAUUCUCAAGUACCAGCUACAACGCCAGGUAGCGGACAAAACGAGUUUCCACCGCAGCAGCAGCAGCAGCAGCAGCAAUAUCCAAUACAGCAGCAGCCGCAACAGCAGCAGCAGCAGCAGCAGCCACAACAGCAGCAACAGGUGUUCGUACAGUCACAAAUACCACAACAGCAGCAGCAGCAGCCACAACAGCAACAGCCGCAGCAGGCACCGCCGCAGAGGCAGAUGCCACAGCAAGCGAUGUCUUUUGAUGCACACAAUCCACCAUUGUCCCAAUCGCAACAACAGCAUCAGCUACAAGCCCAGCAACCUCCACAACCUCAGCAACCGGCACAGCCGCCACAGCCGCAACAAGGCCCACAACAAGGGCAGUUUCAAGCACCAGUGCAGAAUCAGUGGAGUGCACAACAGCAGCAUCAGCAGCAUCCGAACCAACAGCAGCAGCCACAACCAAGUGGUCAGCAAUGGCAGGGUGUUCCUCAGCAAAUCCACGGCGGGAACUGGGGCGGUUUUGUGCCAACUGGAAACUUCCCUCCAGGUUAUGACACGGCGUCGCCACCAUUCCUGCCGACGGCCACUAGUCAAGUUGGCUUCGUUGCACAGCAGCAUGCAUUGCAGUGGCCGCAUGCACCACUAGGCAAGCCUACAAAGCACCGUCCAGGUGAGCCGGACUACGAAGAACCAGAUAUCCAUCGCGGUGGAAGAGCAAGAAAACAGCGGAAAGGAGAACGCUCCCCGUCACCCGCCGAUCAUCGCUACCAUGACGACAGAAGGCAUUCCAGAGAUGAUGAUAGAAAGGUCCAUCGCCGUAGCAACAGUCCUCCACCCAGCAAGCACUCUGGACGUCACGAAGAUCGCAGUGAUAAGCGGAGGAAUGCCAAGAGUCCAAAGAGGUAUGAAGAGUAUACCAGUGAUGAUUCGCUGGGAGGGUCAGGCCAUCGUCAUGACAGCAGCAGCCAUCACCGAGGCAGAGAUCGCGAUCGUCACCGUGACGACGACGUCGGCGACCACCGGUCGCACAGACGAGGCACCGGCGGAGGUGGCGGUGGGGGAGGUCGCUAUGGCGACAAGUCGCCGUCGCCGUCCCCGCCUCCGCUGCGUCGUCGCAGGCAGAGCCGCUCUCCGUCGCCCGAGCUGGACUCUCGUCACCGCCGGCCUCGUAAGGACAGUCGUGACGGCCCCUCGUUAAACAGCAGCAGGGAAUACAAAGACAGCGGAAGAUCACGAAGGCGAUAUGAUUACAGCGACGAUGAUAAUCGCUCACCGUCACCACCACCUUCCUCAUCACGACAGAAAGACAGGAACAGAGAGAGAUCCUCCAGUAAUCUAAAGAGCGAUCAAGAUAGCCGCAAGGCUGGGGACCAGGGAAAGCCAGAUCCACAGGCUCCCACUACUGGCCCACCGGGACCUUCUGACCCGGAGAAACCGAAGGAGGAGAACGGCAAGCCCAAGCGACGUAGUGGAGCAGGACCUCGGUUCAAAGCCCUCUUCAGUCUGCAGUCCACAGGUCCAUCUCAGUUAUCUUUCAUUGAGGGUGAUAUUGUGGAGGGUAUUGGUGACAAGAAGGAGGACUGGCAAUACGGAGAGAACAUCCGAACUGCAAAGUGUGGAUGGUUUCCUAUCAACUACGUUGAGAAGGUUCCAGUCACGAGACCCUCAAGUGCGUCUCGUCCCCCUGGUUUACCCGGUUCAGCAGCCAGCCCCACGGGUGGUGUGGCUGCUACAAGUGCGGACGGUGGAAAGCCCAACCCUCCCGCACCGGACUACGGUAAUCGCAAGCCCGCUGCACCGAACGCCCUCCCGCUCUCCAAAUAGGGGCACACCCACGGCAGCAACAACAGCAGCGGCAGCAGCAGCAGCAGCAGCACAUGUUUAUUACUCUCAGCAUAUUUAAUUAAAUUUACACUCACAGUGAUCAUGUCAGAAUAAUUUUCGCAAUUUUCAUGUUUUGUUUGGGGGAGGGGGGAGAAAGUUCUUAGAAACCCUCUCCCGGGUUCCUGCUUGAAUCAAUUGCUGCCAAUGCUGCAGAGACAGAGUAGCAAUUACGCUAUGCUGUGUGUUUUUCCAGGCUUCUUGCACAGGUAUUUUCCAUUUGAUCUUAAUGAUUGAAUAUUGUAAAUGUGCCGGUAUGAUUUCAUUUCAAGACGUUGCUGCUUUUAAAAAUUCACCUAUACUGGACCUUCACCCGCGAUUUCAUUAUUUUGCAAAUGGA